ACAGGCUUCUGCCCCUUCACAGGCUUCUGCCCAUUCACAGGCUUCUGCCCAUUUACAGGCUUCUGCCCAUCCACAGGCUUCUGCCCUGCCGUAAGAGUUCUGCCAAUUCAUAGGCUUCUGCCCCUUUACAGGCUUCUGCCCAUUCACAGGCUUUUGCUCAUUCAUAGUCUUCUGCCCAAUCACAGGCUUCUGUCCAUCCACAGGCUUCUGCUCAUUCACAGGCCCAGCCAGUUUGCACAGCCAGAUGCUUCUGUCCUUUUACAGUCUUUUGCCCAUUUAAAUCCUUCUGCCUAGCCACAUAUUUUCUGCCUAUUUACAGGCUUAUGCCCAGAUACAGGCUUCUGCCCAUUCACUUGUUUUUUUCCAGUUUCGCAAAUUUACGGGCUUCUCCCAGUCACAGGCUUCUGCCCAGCCUCAGGUUUUUGCCCUUUCACAGGCUUCUGCCCAACGGCAGGCUUCUUCCUAUUUACAGGCUUUUGUCCAGCUUUUCCAUUUGUCCAGCUAUUGUGCAUUCAGAGGCGUCUACCCAGAGACAGGUUUCUGCCCAACUACAGGUUUUUGCUCGUUCACAGGUUUCUGCCCAGGCAGAGGCAUCUCCUCACCUUUAUUCUUCUGCCCAUUCACAAGCUUCUGCCCAAUGAUAAGCCUUUUGUAGGCUUGUAGCUUUUGCAUAUUUACAGGCUUUUUUCCAGGAACAGGCUUAUGUCCAACUUUUGCCCUUUCGGAGGCUUCUGCACAGGUAAAGGCUUCUGCUAGCCACAGUUUUCUGUCAAUUCAGAGGUUUUAGCUUAGCUUUUGUCCAUUCACAGGCUUUUUCACUGGCUUUUGCCCAGACCCAGGCUUCUGCCCAGCUUUUGUCUAAAUACAGGCUUCUGCCGAAUAACAGGCUUAUUUUAGCCACAGGCUUCUGGUCAGCUUUAAACCUUUCAAAGGAUUCUGCCCAGGUACAAGCUUCUGAAUGAGCCAGAACUGGAUUGGUUGAAUGGUGAUUUUAAUGUUAUAGCUGAAUGGAGUAGGCUUUAGUUGAGAUGUAAGAUAAUUGUUUCUAAUAAAGCGGCCAAUGAGCAUUCAAUUCUAAUCAUCCUAUAUAUGGACUUUUCAAAUGAUGGACGUUAUGGACUUUAAUGGUGUGUGGAUCAUGGAAUGGAUGAAUUCUCUUUUCUUUUAGCUAGGCUUUUAUAAUCAGUCCUGCUGAGUUGUUCUAAUGAUGUUAACAUUCUCUAUACUUCAUAUAUGUAAUCAGUAAUAAUUAAAUCCCUUUACCCUUUUAAUGAUUUAUCACUGUACUCGUCCACUACCCAUGUCAGACCAACUGCAUGUCUACCAGACUGACCACUGGGCUGUCCUGCUCCUGCUAUCUGCGAUUAUAUUGGUUUUCUAUAUAUUGUGGAUACAAGAUUCCUGUAAAGCGGCUUUGUGACAAUGUCAGUUGUAAAAAAAAAUAAUAAUAAAAAAACAUAAAAAAAUGUGAUAUAAAUAAAUGACAUUUAUCUGACUUUCAGCAUUUUUUUUAUAGUUCCCAUUAUUUGUAUUCAAGAAGAAUCUUUAAAUAAUUGUUUUGCAGUAUACAUUUGUCUCAUUACCUCCAGGGCAGAACUAUAAAAGCAAAUCAGUGUUGGCCCACUAAGAGGUUAAUAUGCAGCACUGGCCCUUUAAGAGACUGAAGCAGUUGUGAUUGGACAGAAGUGGGUUUGCUUAAACUGACAGCCAAGAGCUCAGAGCAGCCUUUCAGUACAGCAUCGAAUCAGACAGGUAGCUGCACACACACAAACACACACACAUUAACACAUGCACACUCAAAGGAAAGUUUAAACCCUGGAGUCAUGAGUGAAACAGCAGCACUGACCAGACCCCUAACAUCCUCCAAACGGCACAAAAGUGUGAGGAAGAGCUGCAGAAGGAUUUAUUCACCUUACCAGGACAACACAGGACCCUCCGAUGAUGAAGAUAAGGAUGAAGAGCGGGUGGACAGUAAUGACCCCGAAGAGCUUUUCCAGAAUAUUCAGGUACAGAAGGAAAUCAUCGCCAACAUACGAACACGACCGUGGCCAAUGCGACGCAAACUCAAAGCCUUAAAGCAGGCCAGAGAAAUCGUGCUGAAGUAUGAGGGCAGACUGACCAGGACUCGGGGCUACCAGGCUGCAGGGGCAGAUCUGCUGAAGAAGAUUUCAAGAGUUCUCUACAAUAUUCUUGUGUUGUUUAUUCCAUGGGAGAUGAGGAUUAAAAAGAUUGAAAGUCACUUUGGAUCUGGUGUGGCCUCCUACUUCAUCUUCCUGCGGUGGCUUUUCGGCAUUAAUAUCGUCCUCACCAUAAUGACUGGAGCAUUUAUCGUUCUGCCUGAGCUGCUGGCCGGAGCUCCGUUUGGCACCACUCGCAGUAAGACCAUCCCUAAAGACCAGGUUGCCUCGGCUCAGGACCUGGACACCAUCUGGUCACUUGGGGGCUAUCUGCAGUACUCAGUGCUCUUCUAUGGGUACUAUGGGAAUGUGCGUAAGAUCGGCAGCGCUGGUUACCGCCUGCCCCUGGCCUAUUUUCUGGUUGGAAUGGCUGUUUUUGCCUACAGUUUCAUCACUCUGUUAAGAAAGAUGGCUAGAAACUCGCGCCUGAGUCUGGCCAGCGCGUCCGACGAAAACUACACCUUCUGCUGGAGAAUCUUCUGUGCCUGGGACUACCUGAUCGGCAACCCCGAGGCCGCCGAGAGCAAAGGAGCGGCCAUCGUUAAUAACAUCAGAGAAGCCAUUGUGGAAGAGCAGGAGAGAAAGAAGGAAACAAGCCUAGCGGUUCUGAUCAGUCUGAGGAUCUUAGCCAAUAUCCUGGUGCUGCUGUCUUUGGCAGGCAGUAUCUACAUCAUCUACUUUGUGGUGGACCGCUCGCAGAAGCUAGAGCAGCAGAAAGCAGAGCUAACACUGUGGGAAAAAAACGAGGUGAGUGUGGUGGUCUCUCUCAUCACUAUGAUCGCUCCAUCUGCCUUUGAGUUGGUGGCUCAGCUGGAGAUGUACCACCCCAGGACCAGCCUCCGCUUCCAGCUGGGCAGGGUGCUGGUGUUGUAUCUUGGAAACCUCUACAGUCUGAUAAUCGCCCUGUUGGACAAAGUAAACAGCAUGAGCUCUGGUAUUCAAGGGAACUGGUCUGAUUCCACAUCUUACCUCGCCACCAUAUCCCAGCCUGCCGAGACAAACCUGUCUACGAUUGUUCCAGAGAUCACAGAGGGGAGGAAUACGACCUUCACCACAACUGUUGUAGACUUGAACCGUACCGUUAUCAGCAUCAAGAGGGCUUUACUGUCUGCUCCACCAGCACCAGCGUUGACCCUGCAGAACCAGACGACUUCGUUUGGGUUCAAUACCAAAAGUCAGCAGGACCAGUGCUGGGAGACGUACGUUGGGCAGGAAAUGCUGAAGCUCUCAAUCAUAGACAUGAUCUUUACCGUGGCGAGUAUUUUACUGAUCGAUUUCAUUCGGGGCCUGGUGGUUCGAUACCUGAGUGACUGCUGCUGUUGGGAUCUGGAGAGCAAGUUUCCUGAAUAUGGUGAAUUCAAGAUAGCUGAAAAUGUCCUUCACUUGAUAUACAACCAGGGAAUGAUAUGGAUGGGGGCGUUUUUCUCACCUUGUCUGCCAGCCUUUAAUGUCCUGAAGCUGAUUGGGCUCAUGUACCUGAGGAGCUGGGCUGUGCUCACCUGCAAUGUGCCACAUCAGCAGGUCUUCCGAGCCUCCAGAUCAAAUAAUUUCUACCUCGCCAUGCUCCUCUUCAUGCUCUUUCUCUGCAUGCUGCCAACCAUCUUCGCAAUAGUGAGGUACCGGCCGUCGCAGCACUGCGGACCUUUUAGUGGUCAAGAGAAGAUUUAUGACAUCAUAUCGGAGACCAUAGACAAUGACUUCCCGCUGUGGUUCAGUAAGGUGAUGGGUUACGUCACCAGUCCAGUGGUCGUCCUGCCUGCCGUUCUGCUGCUCUUCAUGCUGAUCUACUACCUGCAGGCCAUCGCCAGAUCCCUCAAAUUCACCAAUAACCAGCUGAGACUUCAGCUACAGACUGAACGCACUGAUGACAAAAAGAAAGUGUUCCAGUUGGCAGCAGCAAGUCUCCACUCCCCUGAGGGUGGUGACAAAAAGCCCGAACAGGAGAGUGAUAUCACCAGCAUGGAGUCACCUGCCCGUUCCACCUCCCCACCACGCCGCAAUGGCACCGUCACCAACUUCCAGUCCCCAGUUCGGCAGGGCAACAGCAUCCGCACCAUCACCCAGUCUGCCUCUCGGGCUGAAGUCAGGAUUGCUGGGGCCUCCAGGAGCCCCUCUGUCCCGGUCCGACCCAAACCCAGACUGGAGCACAUACCCAACAGUGCUUACAGAAUGUUUGGCGGCCCCUCCAUUCCCCAGAGGCAGAUUCACAGGGUGGAGUACAUUCCCAUUCCCGUCAGGCAUCCAGGCUAUCUGGGUGGAAUGACUGGUUCAUGCCGCUCCAAGUCCUAUCAGCAUAUGGCCUACAAUCCCACCAUGCGCUACACAGAGAACAUCCACUCAGAUCCGCUCUUCAGAAAGAGCCUCAGGCCUGUCCGGCCUGAGCCUGGCAUCGUCACGGCCCAGAGCUAUAUAGGUCGACGGGCACACACCACCCGCUACGUCAUUGUAAAUGAGCAAGAACCUCGCAAGAAGCUAAUUCGCUCCACCACUCGCAUCCCACGACACUAUCGUCUGGUGGACGAACCCGAGAUUGUGGAGCUGUACCCUCGAAACAUCAAGCGCUACAUCCCUCGCACGCCCCACCGCAGCCAACAGCCACACCUCAGCGAGGAAGAAGAAGAGGAAGAAGAAGCGCAGGCAAAGAACACAGGCAGACGAGUGUCGGUUGGGAAGUCCCACAGGCAAAGGUCACUUUCUGACCUCCACCAGCCUGCUCGCUUUUACAUCGGAGACACCAUGGAUAGCCGCCUAGCGCAAAGCUUAUACGGAGGAGAAGAGGAAGAGGAGGACUAUGGUGAAGACUGGGAGGAAGAAAGUUCUCAUCCAAAGAGCUCCUGGGUGAACCUCAAGGCUGCGGAGACGGCCCAUAGGCAUGCAGAACCUCAUGUCAAGCCAAAGAGCAAGCGUAAGGGGGAACCAUCGCUAACCGAAUCUGAUUCUGCCUCGUUAGCAUCUAGUAGCGAUCAGCAGAACAGCAGCACUGACCAGUACAUUCAGGUCAUCCACAACAAAGAGAAAUAUCUGAAGCACAGUGGCAAGCUAACAAAAAAGAAGUCCAAAACCAGUGAAGAAAUUAAUACAACUGGAUCCAAUGACCUUGUAUGCUCAAAUGUUUGAUUUGUGUGAUAUGCUCACAGACAAAAUAAAUAUGACACACCGUAAAAGAGUUGUAAAGGUUGGAAUGGAAUUGGAAAGGAACGAAACUGUGUAUGUGUGAAUGUAAAAAUGAUAUAUGUAAAGACAACAUAGUUCCAGUCUAUAGCUACUACUACAAACAAGGGUGAAGGUAGCUGGCUGAUGGAUGGCUUUGAUUGCAGGCACUUCUUCAAAAAAUUACCAUAAUGUUUCUCUCAGUCCAAUGUCCAGCGAUGCCCCUCUUCAAAGUCUGUCAACUAGGCAAACUGUAUUUUUGUGUAGUAAAGGCAUGUCUAGCAGUCAACAAUCUCUUACCAAGAGGUACACUACCCAAAAGUAAAGCACUUUCAUAUAGGGAAACAGAAGAACCACUUUAAUGCCCUCUUGUGGCAAAACCCAGUGUCUAAAAUCAGACCACACAAGUGAUUAUGUAUAUAUCUGCCUGAGAAAUAAACCCUUUGUUGAGCACAGCAACAAUAUAUGUUUUUAUAACACCUGUAUAAACAUUGAAUAAUGUACUUACAGAGCAACACCUAAACAAACGACAGCUACUUUGGGUAAGUAUUUGUAACAACAGUUGUUUAUGAAGGGUAUAAUGUUGUAUCUGUUUCCUUUAUUAUAACACUGAUUCUAAUUGACAUAAACCUACAUAAAUAUUUAUAAAGGCUUAUUCCCACUGAUAUAUACCUAGAAAAACAUUAAAAACUCCAACUGACAUAUCUACUUACAUACAUAAAUACAUACAUACAUACAUACAGAAUAAUUUAAAACACUUAUUCCUACUGAUAUAAACCUAUGUAUGCAUUUAUAAACCCUUUACAAAUACAUUUUCCAACAGACAUAAACCUUUAUAAAGGAGUCUUCCAUAUGAAAAAUAAGCCUUUAGAAUAUAUAAAUACUAUUGGUAGAAGUCAUUAUAAAUGUUUUAGAAGCCUAAGCUUCAUAAUAGUGUUAUAAAUGGAGCACAUGGUUCAUUGUUAUGUGGGUUUUGGGUAGUAUAUAGAUUCUCAUUGCUUUGUUGUAAAGCACAUGCAGUAGAGAAUGCCACCUUGAACAAAAUGUAAGAGCUUUAUUUUGAACACCUCAAAUGUACAUUUUGUUUAAAUGUGAUGUUGAUAUAUUCUGUACAAUGUAAGAACAAAGUACAUUUAUUACAGUAGAGGUUACUGUAAAGCACAUAUGCCAGACCACAGUGUCCAAAAUAUAGGAGUUCUACUUUGCAAUGAUUGAAAGUACAUUGUCAUUUUUUGAUACAUAUUAUUUAGUCUGUACAAUAUUAGUUGUACUGAUGCAAUGCAAAGAUUAAAAGGCAUUUGCCAUAAUGUUAAAACCACUGUAAGAUGUAGUAAAUGGCACUGAUUAUCUUGGACCAAUGGCACCUGUCAAGGGGGGGAUAUACAGUAGUAGGCAGCAAGAGAACAGCCCUGUCAUGAAGUUGAUGUGCUUGAAGCAGGACAAAUGCCAUAAGAAUCUUACAACCCACAUUUUGUUUAACUGGGUAGCUAACACUGUUAGCUAGAUAGCUAAAGUUAACAGCAUUAUAUUUAACCGGGUAGCUAAUACUGUUAGCUAGUUAACAGCACUUUAUGUAACCGGAUAGCUAAUACUGUUAGCUAGUUAACAGCAUUUUAUUUAACCGGGUAGCUAACACUGUUAGCUAGAUAGCUAAAGUUAACAGCAUUAUAUUUAACCGGGUAGCUAAUACUGUUAGCUAGUUAACAGCACUUUAUGUAACCGGAUAGCUAAUACUGUUAGCUAGUUAACAGCAUUUUAUUUAACCGGGUAGCUAACACUGUUAGCUAGAUAGCUAAAGUUAACAGCAUUAUAUUUAACCGAGUAGCUAACACUGUUAGCUAGUGGGUUUUUCUUCAUUAGAGAUUCCAACGUUUUUUUUUUUUUUUUUUUUUUU